AUGUCAACAUUAAGAUGCCAGUCGAGACACAUUGGUUGUAAUCUCUUCUCCACCACCUUUCUCCUAAUACUCCCGAAUAUUUGCACCGCCUGGCUCAACGGCUACAACAAUCCAUACAACAAUUUCGCGCCCCGCUUCCGAAGUGGAGGAGGCUAUGGUGGCGGGUCUUACGGUAACACGCCGUACGGAAACGGAGACGAAGAGAAUCGAGAGAUCAUAGAUGAAAGAUAUGGGGCGCCCUGUAAUCCGAAUGCAUUCUCUGUGCCCACAAAUUGCUUGGGAAACAACAUGGUGAAAGCGUUGAAGAAUCUAGCGCAUGUUCCGCCCGGUUCUAACAGUAAGUUGCCGCUCAAUCAGUUUGGCUUUCACAACCACUAAACGUAGUCGAAUUUCUUUGCUUUAGCGACGUUUAUUCCACUUGGACAAGUCCUUAUUCCAACCGGCAAAGAGAUGACUUUCUGCCGACCAAACAACAACAACUGCGGCUCCUUCCAAGGCCCCUCGAAUGGAAUGCAGCCGGGCCCCGACUGUUGUCCCGACUACUGCCCCAAUGACGGAUGCGGCCCCGACUUUGACGGCCAACAAUGCUGCGGCCCCUGCUGCUAUCGCCGCAGGUAUUUCGCGCUCCAUCGGCGUCGGCGCUCACUUCACAUGCAACGGAGAUUUUUCAAACUUGAGAAUUCGUUGAAAGGCUUAAAGAAGCCCAAAACUUUGUCACGCCGAAGGCUUGUAUAA